ACAGGAUCAGUUUCGUAUUUGGACAUGGCGCAGCAAAAUACGCGUCGUAUCUCGUGGAUAAUGCUGUUUUUGGCUAUCUGGACGAAUUGAAGCCUCAGAAAACGCGUCCUGGAGCUCGGUAUAUGCUUGCAACCGUUCAUCCACGCUCUUUCGUCCGGGUCGCAGCGACACUGUGAUCCUUUGGUUGUCACAUCUCAGAGAGGAUUCUGACGCCCUGCGACUUGAAGGCCCGACAAAAAUCCCCUGUUGCUCAGCAUUGGGGUUCUAUCAUGUCAUCUAAGCCACUCCCCACCGACCUGCCCAUUCACACUUUUCCCGGCGCCCAACAUUUUGAGGCUUUCCUUGACCGCGAGCACACGACCGCGCCCGGAUGCUACCUUAAGCUUGCAAAGAAAUCGGCGGGCGUGCCGUCCAUCUCGGCUGCCGAGGCGGUCGAGGUCGCGCUGUGUUUUGGAUGGAUCGACGGUCGAGCCAACGGCGUCGAUGAGGACUGGUGGUUGGUCCGAUACACGCCGCGCCGGUCGAAGAGUGUCUGGUCCCGGAAGAAUGUGAACACAGUGGCGAGGUUGGACCAGGAAGGCAGAAUGCGUCCGGCAGGUAUUGCCGCGGUCGACACCGCCAAAGCGGACGGCCGUUGGGAGCGUGCGUACGACGGACCGGCGACGAUGGCUUUGUCGGACGAUCUUGCCGCCGCCCUCGCUGCCGUGCCUGUGGCGUCGUCAUUCUUCGAAGGCCUGGGCAAGACAGAGCGGUAUGCUGUACUCUGGCGCGUGCAAACAGCUUCGCCUCAAAAUCGGGCUAAACGGAUCGAAGCAAUCGUCCAGAUGCUUGCUGGUGGGAAUGUGCCAGGCAGGGCUGCAAGGGCUCCGACCCUAACCCAGAACAAGCGGGACGUGAAGACGAAGGUCGCGAAGAAAUCCACAGAGAGAACAACGCUGGCCGCCGCCGAAGACGUGUCAAUCACGAAGUCUGAACCAACGACUGAACCUAGACAGCCUCGUCGUUCUGGACUACGGCCACGAAGCUGAGUCACCAGCUUGCUACCCCAAAAUCCGAUAUCAUGACGAGAGCAGGUAGGCAGCUGGUGUCAACGCUGGCGAGUCGAACUUUCAAUGAUAUCUUGUGCUUAACAUUGCUUCCCGAACGUGAGAGUUAACAAAUCUACCACACGUCUGUGUUGAGUCGUCAAUGUCCCUCCUUAGGCUCAACAUCUGCCUCUAAUGAGCAAAGCUAUACUCUAACUUGCGUCCAUUCCGGGAAUUCCAGGUCUUCCCUC